GUUUAAUUUUGCUUCUCUUGCAGGGAAGGCCCACCCCCCAAAGCCAUGGAAGUGGAGGCUGCAGAGGCCAAGUCCCCAGGCCCCUGCUACAAGCGCUCUGGACGCCGUUUUAAGUGCCUGUUCUGUACGAAGACAUUUCCAAAUGCUCCCAGGGCAGCACGCCAUGCUGCUACACACACACCUACAGACUGCUCAGAGGAGGUAAAUGAGGUCCAGCCAAAUGUGGAUACAGAGCCCAAGGCCGAGGAAGCCAGUGGAGACAAGGUGUCUGGUCCAGUACCCAAGCCCCGGCCCUACGCCUGCCCACUGUGCCCCAAGGCCUAUAAGACGGCUCCCGAGCUACGCAGCCAUGGGCGCAGCCACACUGGUGAGAAGCCCUUCCCAUGCCCAGAGUGCGGCCGCCGUUUCAUGCAGCCAGUGUGCCUACGCGUGCACCUGGCCUCGCAUGCUGGUGAGCUCCCCUUCAGAUGUACACACUGCCCCAAGGCUUAUGGUACACUCUCCAAACUCAAGAUCCACCAGCGUGGGCACACAGGUGAGCGGCCCUAUGCCUGUACUGACUGCGGCAAGAGCUUCGCUGAUCCUUCAGUGUUCCGAAAGCAUCGGCGCACCCAUGCAGGUCUGCGACCCUACAGCUGCGAGCGCUGUGGCAAGGCCUACGCCGAGCUCAAGGACUUACGGAACCACGAACGGUCCCACACGGGUGAGCGCCCUUUCCUGUGCUCUGAGUGUGGUAAAAGCUUCUCCCGAUCAUCUUCCCUCACAUGCCACCAGCGGAUCCACGCUGCCCAGAAACCCUAUCGCUGUCCGGCUUGUGGUAAAGGCUUUACGCAGCUCAGCUCCUACCAAAGCCAUGAGCGCACACAUUCGGGCGAGAAGCCCUUCCUGUGCCCUCGCUGUGGCCGCAUGUUCUCGGAUCCCUCGAGCUUCCGCCGCCACCAGCGGGCCCAUGAGGGCGUGAAGCCUUACCGUUGUGAGAAGUGCGGCAAGGACUUCCGGCAGCCAGCCGACCUGGCCAUGCAUCGGCGAGUGCACACCGGUGACCGGCCCUUCAAGUGCCUGCAGUGUGACAAGACUUUCGUGGCUUCCUGGGACCUCAAGCGGCAUGCAUUGGUGCACUCAGGACAGCGGCCGUUCCGCUGUGAGGAGUGUGGGCGAGCCUUCGCUGAACGAGCUAGCCUCACCAAGCACAGCCGCAUGCACUCCGGCGAGCGUCCUUUCCACUGUAAUGCCUGCGGGAAAUCCUUUGUGGUGUUAUCCAGCCUCAGAAAGCAUGAGCGUACCCAUAGAAGCAAUGAGGCAACAGGAGCUGCCCCCCAGCAAGAGCUGGUACUGGGACUGGCAUUGCCUGUAGGCGUCGUGGGUGAGGGCUCAGCUGCCCCCGUGGCAGGCACAGGGCUAGGGGACCCUCCAGCUGGUCUGCUAGGCUUACCCCCAGAGUCCGGUGGUGUAGUGGCCACACAAUGGCAAGUGGUGGGCAUGACUGUGGAGCAUGUGGAGUGUCAGGAUGCUGGCGUUGGGGAAGCUCCUGGUACCCUGGGAGAUGCAGGAGAGGUGGGGGGUGAAGAGGCUGAUGAGAAGCCCCCACAGUUCGUGUGUCGUGAAUGUAAAGAAACUUUCUCCACACUGACGUUGCUACGCAGGCACGAGCGCUCACACCCGGAGCUCCGGCCCUUUCCCUGCACCCAGUGUGGUAAGAGUUUCUCAGACAGGGCUGGGCUUCGUAAACAUAGCCGCACCCACAGCUCAGUGCGCCCCUACUCCUGUCCCCAGUGCCCUAAAGCUUUCUUGAGUGCCAGUGACCUGCGAAAACAUGAACGCACCCACCCUGUGCCCAUCGGGACCCCCAUACCCCUGGAGCCUCUUGUGGCUUUACUAGGAAUGCCAGAAGAAGGGUCAGCUUGAAGCUCAGAGCUCUCUACUACAUUCUCAGUCUCCAGAUCCCUGCCCCUGGGCAACUAGCUCAGCUCUCAAGUCACCGAGAACUGGGGACAAUGGAGGCUGGCAGCACUUGUGAGAGGCACUCAUUAAAGUGUUGGCUUUGACACCAA